AUGUUAAGAUCCUCCAUUACAAAUAAAUUCUCAAUAUCGCCUCAUUGUAUCUCAAGCAGAAUCAGGUCGUCCUCGUCACCUGGUUCAACAUUUUUUUCUAAAGAAUCCUUGAGUGCACUUUUCAGUUCGGGGUUGUACAAUAACUCAUGUCAACAACGAAGAACACGUUUGGUGGUUAGAGCUGACAGAGAUUACUAUACCGUGCUUGGUGUGUCUAAAACUUCCAGCAAAUCAGAAAUCAAAAGUGCAUAUCGAAAGCUUGCCAGAAACUACCAUCCUGAUGUGAAUAAAGAACCUGGAGCAGAAGAGAAGUUUAAAGAGAUUAGUAAUGCUUAUGAGGUUUUGUCAGAUGACGAGAAACGCUCCAUUUAUGAUAGGUAUGGGGAAGCUGGGCUCAAAGGUGCUGGCAUGGGCACAGGGGAUUUUAGCAACCCCUUUGAUCUAUUUGAGUCAUUAUUCGAUGGCCUUGGCGGUAUGGGUGGUAUGGGCAUGGGAGGAAGAGGCUCUCGUAACCGGGCCACAGAAGGUGAAGACCAGAUCUACAAUCUGGUUUUGAAUUUCAAAGAAGCUGUAUUUGGGGUUGAAAAGGAGAUUGAGAUAGCUCGCCUUGAGAGCUGCAACACUUGUGAUGGAGAAAUGUCUACUCCUUGCAACACAUGCAAUGGUGAUGGCCGAGUAAGGAAGUCAAAGCGGAUUAGCUUGAAAGUUCCUGCUGGGGUCGACUCUGGCAGUCGCUUGAGGGUCAGAUCCGAGGGAAAUGCCGGAAGGAGAGGGGGCCCUCCCGGGGAUCUAUUCGUGAUAAUAGAAGUUCUUGCUGAUCCUGUUUUGAAACGGGACGACACCAACAUACUUUACACUUGCAAGGUUUCAUAUAUAGAUGCUAUUUUAGGAACAACGUUAAAGGUGCCAACGGUUGAUGGGAUGGUUGACCUCAAGAUUCCACCGGGUACCCAACCUAAUACAACGCUAGUUAUGGCAAAAAAAGGCGUCCCCCUUUUGAACAAAAGAAAUAUGAGGGGCGACCAGUUGGUGAAAGUGCAAGUUGAGAUUCCAAAGCGCCUAAGCACUGAGGAGAGGAAACUCAUAGAAGAGAUUGCCAACUUAAACAAGGCUAAAGCAACCAACAGUAGUAGAUAG